AUGGAAGGAGUAUUGAAAGAGAUUCAGAAAAGUAAAACUAGGAAAAGGAAAGUAAGUUUCAACGAAGAGGGUACCGAUGAGUGUGAGGAUGCAAUUGAUGAAGCAAUAGCGCAAGAAGAAUUACAAACUCCGAGUCAGUUACUAACUAAGGAGGUUAUUGGAGGCGAUCCAAAAAAGAAAGCAAAAACCAUUAUUCCUCCUAUGUUUGCACCAAGAACAACUCCGGGAAGUCAACCAAGUCUGAAAAGCGUGUUUCAAAACAAAGAGGCGCUUCAUGAAGUUGAUAAGCGAGUGGCUAGAUGGCUUUUGGAUUGUAGGAUUCCUUUCAAUGCGGUUAUGUCACCCUUUUUUCAAGAUAUGUUGGAUGGUGUAGCUGGCUUUGGGCCUGGUUAUAAAGGUCCUUCUUAUGACUCUUUGAGGGUUAACUUAUUAGCCGAUCUCAAAAGAGAGUGUCAAAUAGUUGUUGAUAGCUAUAGGUCUGCUUGGAAAGAAACUGGAUGUACUCUCAUGGCUGAUGGUUGGACAGAUCAAAGGCAAAGAACGUUGAUUAAUUUUUUGGUUUAUUGUUCGAAAGGGUUGUGCUUUGUGAAAUCUGUAGAUGCCUCAAGUAUGGUUAAAAAUGCUUCAAGCUUGUGUGACUUGUUUUCAGAGGUGAUUGAAUGGAUUGGACCUGAUAAUAUUGUUCAUGUAGUGACCGAUAAUGCUACGAAUUAUGUUGCUGCUGAUAUAAGCAGCAUGCCACAUAUUUCUAGCCUUGCAACACGUGCUUCGAAGAUUACCGUGUUUGUGUAUAAUCAUACGGUGUUCUUGUCCUGGCUAAGACAAAGAACUGGUUGGAGGGAGAUUGUUCGUCCAGGUGCAACUCGUUUUGCCACUGUCUUCCUCACAUUGAUGAGUAUAUUUGAGCGCAAAUCGGAUUUACAAGCAUUGGUUGUUAAUACAUACUUUACCGGACACAAAUUAGGAAUGAGUGCUAAUGAUGCCGAUGACAAACCAUCAUUGGGGAUUGUUUAUGAAGGUAUGCUGGGGUCAGAAAAUGGAAUCAAAGAAAUGUUCAAGCAAAGGAAGACUGCAUAUCAACCUUACACAGAGAUUAUCAACUCAAUAGAAGCACGUGAUGUCAUGCGAGCUUUACUUGAUCUUGUUACAUUGCAUUGCAAGGUUAAUAAUUUAGAUUCAGUUGAGGCAAUGAAAGAAAUACACUUAUAUAGAGAUCGAAAGGAAAGCUUUGAUAGGCUUGAAGCUGUUCCAGCUGCAAAAAGACUUCAACCUGAUGAAUGGUGGAGGUUGUUUGGUAGUUCUGCUCCAUGUUUACAAAAUAUGGCAGUUCGUAUUCUUAGCCAAGCAUCUGCUUCUUCAGGAUAUGAGAUUGAUGCUUAUUUAGAUCAAGGUGGUGGUGGUAGUAGUAGUACAUUUUAUGCUGCACCACUUGCUUUUUCUGGUCCAAGUAGUGGAAAUGAAGGUGAUGAUAUCAAUGACGCAAAUCUGCAGCAAGUUAUGGAGGAUUUUGAUGAUUCAUGA